UCAGACUUCACACCUGCCUUGUUCACUCCCUGUCCUGCUCAUCUCAGAUCAGAAGCCGAGAUGACUUUCUACGACGACAUUUACCCGUUCUACCCGCCACAAAGGGCUGCCUUCAUCGUCAGCGGCCGGUUGCUCGCCAUUAUUCUGGUCUUCCUCGUGCUGGCGGUCAGUCUUCUUCUCAUCCUGCCGGGAAUACGAGGAAGGACGCGGGUCUUCUGGAUGUUCAGGAUGACCAUCAGCUUGUUCAUAGGUGUGGUUAUAGUAGCUCUGAACUUCACUAACAGUUGGGCCGAGGCGAGGAUGACCACAAACGCUACCUACAAGUCCUUCAGUAAUGCCGUCAUUCAGGCUGAGGUCGGCCUGCAUGUUGGGCUGUACGGCAUCAACGUGACGCUUAGAGGCAAUCCCAUUAUACAGUUCAAUGAAACCAUCAACUACAACGAGAUGUUCAGCUGGCACGACAUUGUUGAAGAAGAAUAUGAGCAAGCUCUGCUCAAAGGUCUACCCAACCCCAUCCUCUACAUUGUUGAAAAGUUCACCCUGAGCAGCCCCUGUGGUAUGAUCUUCCAGUACCGAUACUCUGGGCGAUUCGCCUCUGCAACGCUCUGGACAGCGUUUUGCUGCUGGGCGCUGGCCAACAUCCUCUUCUCCCUGCCCGUCGUCCUUUACGCCGGCUACAUGACCGUGGCCACCGGCGCCUUCAUCUUCUUCUCCAUGGCCUCCUUCUCCACCAUCAUGAAUGUGCCUCAGUGUGUUUUCUCCAUAGGCGAAGACUCCUUUGUGACAGAGUACAGCCAUUCAUUUUGGCUGGCCCUGGCUACAGGAGUGCUGUGCGCCAUCAUCGGGGUAUUUGUGGUGAUGCUGAACUUUCUAAUGCCAGAGAAGAUAAAGGCAGCCUUCAGCGUUGGUUUCGACAGCUGCGAGGACGAGGAUCAGUCGUGUCCGGAAGGCUACCUGAACUCUGUCUUCCUUAACGGAGAGAUGUAUUUACCGCGGACACCUAAACUUAUACCAGAGCGUAUAUGAAGCCAUCGAGCGAUCUCCUCUGAUUCAUACUUGAAUAUUAUUUGGCUGAAUGUGUGAACGUUUCUAAGUUCCAACCACUGUAAUUAUAUGUGUGAGCCUGUUUUAUAUGUUGAACUAUAAAUAUGUGUUUAAAUGUGUGAAGUCUAUUAUUGAGGAGGGAAACUAAAACUAAUAGUAAUGGGUUUUUUUUUUAAAUGCCUUCCUUAUAAUGUGUUUUAGGCUUAAUACAACAAUCCAUGUGGAUGAUGCAAAUUCAUUUCUGUUCACUCGACUCCUUUCCGAUUCACCUGAAAAAUAUGUAUAUAUGAGAACUCAUUGCAUCAACUGUUUGUCAUUUUAGUUUAAAGCAAGUAUGAAAGAAAAGUGGCUGCAGAUAAACAUGAAGUACCCUGAUCGUUUUAGUUUCCCUAAUCCAGGCUGAUGUAUUU